UUUCUCAUUUAUUUUUCUAAAAUAUUCAACAAAAUAUUCCUAGGUGAACUUCAUUUUUUCCCGCCAACCUGAUUUUGCUCCUAACAAUCAAAUACUAACAAAAUUAACAAAUGCUUAAACAAUUAACCAAAACCCUAAAAUCGUUACCCAAAAACCCCAAAUCAAUUUCUCACAUUCACACACACAACAAACCCCAAAUCUCAAACCCAGCAAUAGAUUUCAUUUUGGAUGAAUGCGAAAACAUACAAUCAUCAAACCCCAAUAUUAACAAUUAUUAUCCAACUCGAUAUCCACCGAAAACUGAACACCCGGUUGAAAACGGGUCUUCGGAUGCUCAGGUUUCGCAUCGUUGGCCAGAGUGGGUUCUGUUGAUGAACAAAUUGAUGAAAUUUGGGUACUUUGAUGGUGUGGCGAAUCCGUUUCGAAACAAUGGGUUGGUUGAUGGGAAAGAUUGUAACCGAAUUCGGACUUGUUGUCUUAACUUUGCCCGUGAUCGGCCUGAUCUUAUGAGUUACUUCUCUGCUAAAGACAUAAAGACAGUUGCAGGAUCUGGCUGUCCCUGUAUAGAUAGGAAAGUUGUGAACUCUGGGAAACGGCUAAGGGCACAGAUGGGCAUUGAUGAAGGAAAUGUCUGUAGCUCCUGCACUUUGAGGGGAAACUGUGAUAGAGCGUAUGUAAAGGCACGUGAAGAUGACGGUGGCCAUACUGUUGAUGUCAUGCGUGUUGUGCUCGCGUAUGGUCUUGAUCAUAUCACUGCGUCAGAGGAUGACAAUCGGAUAAUGAACAAAAGGCUCGAAGAAGCAAUAAGAAGUUUGAUUAAAGAUAUGGUUAAAUAUAGCAAGAAAGAAGUCGAUUAUGAUUCUUCAAAACAGGUCUCUUCUGUCCAGCGAAGUCGAAGACUACAACAAGAACACCAAUCAUCCAUUCCUACAACCCAAGGCGAUUGGAAUUGCCCCAGAUGCAUGUUUUUGAACCUUGCUGGAAAUGUCAAUUGCAUGCGCUGUAAUGGCCCAUUCCUUGAAAGACUUCAAAGAUCAAGGAACAAACAGGAUCCGGUUCAAGUUCAGUUGAAGAAGGGAGAUUGGCUGUGUAUGAGAUGCAGCCUUCUAAAUUAUGCCAAGAAUUCAAGGUGUUUACAGUGCCAAACGAAUCCACCGAAGAGGCAAACCAAUCCUGGGGAAUGGGUGUGUGAUUCAUGCAACUACAUAAACUUUAAAAGAAACAUUGUAUGCUUGAAAUGCGAUCAUAAACGCCCAAAAGCAUUAAAUAUUUCAAGCUAUGAGGCGUACUACAAUUACAACAAUGAAACAGGUGGUGGUUGGAUUGACCAUGAAAUGAAUAGAGAACAAGAUGAAAUAUAAGGUUCUGCAUUACUUCUUUUCACUGAAGCUUACAACUUGGUUUUUGUGAAUACUGUAUCACUGUGUUUAACAAAUACAUGUCAUAAUUUGCAUAAAAGUAAUCAUAUGAGUUCAAGUUUUCGUGUUAUCAGCUCUGUAGAAAUUGACUAAUGUCUUUCCAUCAAGCUCCCUUGUGUAAAACCUUCCGAGGUAGUCUGCAAACAAAAAUUCCUUGAAAGCUGCCGGUGUCUCCGCAGAUAUUAGCUCCGGGAAUGGUCCUAGUAUCAUCUGUACGUUGGUUGGAUUGAAAAAAGUAGCAACAGAAACACGUGCACCAUCAGUAGGGUUUGCCAAUACUCUAUGCUCCACACUUUUGUAUUCAUCAUUAGAUAAUACCUGUGGUAUGAUAUUCAAUAGCACACCUUAUAUGAUGAUUAUAUACAAUUUUAGAUCUUGUUUAGGAGACUCACAUGACAUAGAAGUAAACGUAGCAAUUUCUGCCCAUUUACUUAUGAAUCCUGGUAUGUUUAUUUUAUUAACGGGUCAAGUUGCUAAAUUUAAAUUAA